CACUGGACUAACACCACACAUUACACAUUUUAAAAUCACAUUCCUGUAACAACACCCCUCUAUAAAAUCCUAAAAACACCCAAAAAAUAUCAGUCUUGAACAAUGGAAGGUACCAUUCGUUGUGCUGCAAAUUACGUCCCUCUUUCCCCGAUCAGCUUCUUGGAGAGAUCUGCUGUUGUUUAUAGAGAUAGAUUAUCUGUUGUUUAUGGUGAUCGUGUCAAGUUCACUUGGAAAGAGACUCAUCAACGAUGUCUUAAGCUUGCUUCGUCGAUCGCUUCUCGGUUUCAAAUUUCUCGUGGAGAUGUUGUGGCUGUCCUAGCUCCAAACAUCCCGGAAAUGUACGAGCUCCAUUUCGCCGUUCCGAUGGCCGGAGCUGUUCUUUGCACCCUCAACAUCCGUCACGAUUCAAAAAUGGUGUCAACUUUGCUUAAACACUCAAAUGCCAAACUCAUAUUCGUUGAUCACCAGUUUAUAGAUGUUGUUAAAGGCGCAAUUGAGAUCAUGUCGAAAUCACCGGCCACGGUGCCUCAAAUUGUCCUAAUCCCGGAUUCCGGCGAACUUCCGGCACUUCCGAAGUCGAACAUGGUCGAAUAUGAAGCUCUUUUGGCAAUGGGAAGUCUUGGUUUUGAGAUUAGGAGACCGAUCGACGAGUGUGAUCCGAUUGCGCUUAAUUAUACAUCGGGUACGACUUCGAGUCCCAAAGGGGUGGUUUAUAGUCACCGCGGCGCUUAUUUGAACUCGUUAGCCGCUGUUUUACUUAAUGAGAUGCGGUCGAUGCCGGUAUACUUAUGGACGGUUCCAAUGUUUCAUUGCAACGGGUGGUGUUUGACGUGGGCCGUGGCAGCGCAAGGCGGCACUAACGUGUGUCUACGGGCGGUGACUGCGAAGGGGAUCUUCGGAUCCAUAUCUCGACAUCAAGUGACACAAAUGGGUGGUGCGCCAACGGUUUUGAAUAUGAUAAUCAAUGCGCCGGAAACCGAGCGGGUCCCACUUCCCGGAAAGGUGACAGUGAUGACGGGUGGAGCGCCUCCGCCUUCGCAGGUGGUGUUUGGUAUGGAGCAGCUUGGGUUCGAUGUGUGUCACGCAUAUGGUCUCACGGAGACAUACGGUCCGGGAACCGUGUGCGCCCCGAAACCCGAGUGGGACUCGCUACCGUUGGAAACUCAAGCGAAACUUAAGUCGCGGCAAGGCGUAACUCAUUUGGGGAUGGAAGAAGUCGACGUUAAGGAUCCGGAGACGAUGAAAAGUGUCGCGUGGGAUGCGAAAACAAUCGGAGAGGUCAUGUUCCGUGGAAACACCGUGAUGAACGGGUACUUAAAUGACAUUAGCGCGACACAUGAAGCUUUUAAAGACGGGUGGUUUCGGAGUGGGGAUUUAGGUGUUCGACAUUCGGAUGGUUAUAUCGAACUCAAGGAUCGAUCGAAAGACAUUAUAAUAUCUGGUGGUGAGAAUAUUAGUACGAUUGAGGUGGAAUCGGUGCUUUUUCGGCAUCCAGCGGUUCUAGAGGCUGCAGUCGUGGGUCGGCCUGACGAUCAUUGGGGCGAGACGCCGUGUGCUUUUGUGGAGCUAAAACAAGGAUACAAGGUAAAAGAAGACGAGUUAAUAGCCUACUGCCGGAAAAAUUUACCGCGGUAUAUGGCGCCCCGAACCGUGGUGUUUCGGGAGUUGCCGAAGACGUCGACAGGGAAGACGCAGAAGUUUGUGCUCCGGGAACAGGCCAAGGCGAUGGGGAGUUUGUCGUCGAAAGGAAAGAGCAAAUUAUAAGGUUGUAGCUUGUGAAUUAUAUUUGUACUGUAAUAACGGUUGCAAAUUAAUGAUUUAGGAGUAAAGUGCUAAAAUCGUCCAUGUGGUUUGACUCAAAUUGCUAGAUCAGUCCAAAAUCAUUUUUUUUUGCUAAAA